UUUCAAAGGACGAAUCUCAAUAGCUACCACGGAAAUAUUCAAAUAUGAGGAUUUUCAUUUUUCUGCUUUGUAUUCAGCUGUCUAAUGCAGCUACCUGUUCUCUGACCAACGCUGAUACGUGUUUGAAUACCGUGUGGGACAAUUUAUUAAAGUUUAAAGACUGGGGCUAUUUAUUGACGAACAGUGUCACUGCGAAACAACAGUAUUGUGCGGGAGCCACCUGUGCAAAUGCCGUACUGGCCGACUGUCCUCGUACUACAUGGGGACCAUAUCUCAAGCAGGCAGGGUCCUACACCUACCUCUGUACCCAGCAGGGCUCGGACUAUUUCGUUCAAUUCCUUACUUGUCUACAAAACAAAGGAAAAUUAAAUCAAUUUCAGAGGGAUUUUCAGAGGUGUGGUGAUGUUAUAUAUACAGACAAUUGCGACUGGGCGAUUAAAGCAAAAGCCUGUGUAAUGGAUUUAGCUGUCACUAGCUGUCCAACAUUCAGUACCUCGAUCGAGUCAGCUGCACUAGACGCAAUGUUAAAGCCUUGGGUAGAUUACUACUGCCCGCAAACUACAACUUCAUCAACGACAACUACAACAACAACCAGAACAACAACUACAACAACUCCAACUACCACUACAACAACAAGAACAACUACAACAACAACACCAACUACCACUACAACAACGCCAACUACCACGACAACAACACCAACUACAACGACAACAACGCCAACUACCACUACAACAACGCCAACUACCACGACAUCAACGCCAACUACAACUACGACAACACCAACUACCACUACAACAACACCAACAACUACGACUACAACACCAGAAACCACUACAACAACACAAGAAACAUUUACAACAACCGACAGUACUACAACAACACCUGAUCUCACAACAACAAAAUCAGACACCACAACGACUACACUUGGCACCACAACAACAACACAAGAUACUACAACAACAGAGCCUGACACCACUACAACAACACUUGGCACCACCACAACAACACAAGAUACUACAACAACAGAACCUGACACCACUACCACUACACCUGCGACAACUACAACAGAAUUAGACACAACCACAACAACACCAGAUUGCACUACAACAAAUCAAGACACCACUACAACAAUACCAGAUUGCACUACAACAAAUCAAGACACUACUACAACAAUACCAGAUUGCACUACAACAAAUCAAGAUACUACUACAACAAUACCAGAUUGCACUACAACAAAUCAAGACACAACUACAACAAUACCAGAUUGCACUACAACAAAUCAAGAUACUACUACAACAAUACCAGAUUGCACUACAACAAAUCAAGACACCACUACAACAAUACCAGAUUGCACUACAACAAAUCAAGACACUACUACAACAAUACCAGAUUGCACUACAACAAAUCAAGACACUACUACAACAAUACCAGAUUGCACUACAACAAAUCAAGACACCACUACAACAAUACCAGAUUGCACUACAACAAAUCAAGACACAACUACAACAACACCAGAAUGCACUACAACACUUCAAGACACUACUACAACAAUACCAGAUUGCACUACAACAAAUCAAGACACUACUACAACAAUACCAGAUUGCACUACAACACAUCAAGACACAACUACAACAAUACCAGAU